AUUAGCAUACGAGGUGGGCGAGGGGCUUUUUUUUUCCUUUCGAUCUUUUAAAUAGAGAGAAACAAAGAUAAAAUCCUCAACUCCAUAUAUCUUCAACAAAGAGAGAGCAAUUAUUCAUCCAACGCAAGAGUUCUUAUCCCCCAGUAAUCUUUUCACUGUCUCACAAAUCCACCAUACAUACAAAGGAAUCAAGACCAUAUAGGUUUCAGAAACAGGUUUUGUCCUUGAAUGGGGGUAUCAUUUUCGUGUCCAUUUGCGGAAUACGGUGAUGUGGAGAAUGAAUUGGAAUCUGUUGUUGUCAAAUCUAUCAGCUUUGGAGAUGAUAAAGUGAAGACUCCAGUACGAUCAGUCAGUUUCAAAAGACAAGAUUCAAUACCCACAAUAUUAACAUCCUUGGGUUCUGGAAAGAUGAUAAUCGAAGGAUCAGUUAGCUUUAAGGGCAGAGGAGACGCGAUGAUCUCAAUCAAUCCUUCUUCGUUAGACAAAGAAAAUAUUGCUCCCAUGGCACCAAUCAAAACGAUGACCAAUGAUGUAAAUAAUCAGUCCCCAAGAUCAGAUAGUCCAUCAGGAACGUGCCAACCCUUGUCUCUGGAUCCAAGCAACCCCAAACAUGAGGCCGCAACAAGGUUGCAGAAAGUGUACAAAAGUUUCCGAACCAGAAGAAAGCUUGCAGAUUGUGCUGUUCUUGUUGAGCAGAGCUGGUGGGAGCUCUUAGACUUUGCUGAACUCAAGCGAAGUUCGGUAUCAUUCUUUGACAUUGAGAAACAUGAAUCUGCCAUUUCACGUUGGUCACGAGCAAGAACAAGAGCUGCCAAGGUAGGAAAAGGUUUGUCAAAGAAUGAUAAAGCCCAAAAAAUGGCCUUGCAACACUGGCUUGAGGCUAUUGAUCCGCGGCAUCGAUAUGGACACAAUCUACACUUCUACUAUGAUAAAUGGCUUCAUUGCCAGAGUAGAGAACCCUUCUUUUACUGGUUGGAUAUAGGAGAGGGCAAAGAAGUAAAUCUUGAUAAAUGCCCUCGAUCAAAACUUCAACAACAAUGCAUCAAGUAUCUUGGUCCAAUGGAAAGGAAGGCCUAUGAAGUCAUUAUCAAGGAUGGGAAGUUUUUAUACAAGCAAACGGGGGAGUUCCUGCACACACCUAGUGAUGCAAAAUGGAUUUUUGUCCUCAGCGCAUCUAAAAUCUUGUAUGCUGGCAAGAAAAAAAGGGGUACCUUCCAGCAUUCGAGCUUCUUGGCUGGCGGAGCCACUAUUGCUGCUGGGAGAUUAGUUGCUGAAAAUGGCAUCCUUAAGGCAGUCUGGCCUCACAGUGGUCAUUAUCGCCCCACAGAAGAGAAUUUCAGGGACUUCGUUUCUUUUCUCAAAGAGAAUAAUGUGGAUCUCACAGAUGUUGAGAUGACAUCAAUCGAUGAAGAAGAAGAUUCAACUAGCAGACAACGAAGCAGUAACCAUCUUAGAAGCAACUCUGCAGAGUACUUGCCUGAAAUUGUGAAUGUUACAGAGACUGAAGCGGUCAGUGUUGAAGAUUUGACUCAAGAGAACAUUGAAUCGAUGGAACAAGAGUAUGCUGCUGCAUUGAAACCAUCAAAGUCAAGGCGGUGUCGAAACCUUAGUAGAAAAUUGACCGAUCUUAAAAUACCAAAAGAGGAUGGAUUCCCUGAGCGAUUACAAAAUGAAAAUUCCGCUGCUGGACCAAGUUGUGCCAAUGGUGUGGUAGACUCUCCAAUGGGGAAUGGCUAUGAAACAGCAGAAGAAGCAUUUACCUCGGAUCAAGAAUCCACGCCUCUUGAACAAAACUCGUUUGAUGAAGGAUACAAAGCAGAAGUAGAGACUCUUCCUGAAGAAUCUAUUCUACGAAGAAUCAACUCGAAAAAAGGAACAAAGUCUUACCAACUAGGGAAACAAUUGUCUUGCAAAUGGACGACUGGAGCAGGGCCUCGUAUAGGGUGUGUGAGGGAUUAUCCAUCAGAGCUCCAGUUACGGGCUCUGGAGCAAGUAAACUUGUCUCCACGAAGUGCUGGACAUUUUAGAACAUACUCGUCUCCUCGAAACAGUAGUAGACCGAGUCCAAAGACAUCAUCCAUCCUCAGUCAUUGUAGUGGGGCUGUGGCAGAAACUGCAGACUCCUCAGUGCCUGAGAUAGGGAGUUUAAAACAGAAAAGAUCACAGUCCUUCCCAUUACAGAGAAAUAAUGAGUUUUUGGUUGAUAUUUCUUUUUGUGUGAAUAGAAAAAGAUAGCCCAGGAAAUCUUUAUUAUUCUUUUCAGUUCAAAUCAUGUAUACUUUUUUUUUUUUUUAAAUUCUUUCAUUUUGUACAUUGUAAUAAGAUGAAAUUUGUAGAAUCCUUUUGGGUUUUGGAACCCUUCAAUACAAAAGAAAUUAUUCACUUUUCUUAAA